CAGAGGUGAGAGUCCACACACUCCACAGUGCAGCUUUACUUUAGUACAACAGUGCAGGGAUUGUAUGAGUUUAUGUACGUACGUACGUACGUACGUGGCUUGUGGAGCAAAUGUAAUUGGUGGACGGUGUGAGCUGGACCAUUCUUAGUAAAAAUAGUGGUAGUCGCCUCCUGCUGUGCACCGAUUACAGGCAAGGCAGGAGCUGCAUGAUCUCCAGAGAAAGCUAAUUCUCAGUACCCCUAAUGACCAAAUUGAAUAAAGAGGUCAGAUACUGUAUCUGGGCCACAGAAGGAAAGCAGAGAGACUUCACAGUCUGAAGGCCAGAUAAGGAGAGGAUCACUAUCACCCAAGUUUACAUAUGGCAUAUAUGCAGAGUCCCAACUUUUUCCACUGUAUAGAACAACACCAGAUGACCUUGCAGAAGACCAUGCGGAAAAUGGAGGAUCAGAGUCCUGGAGCACAAGGCAUUAUACAGGAAAAUGUUACCAGUCCUCAGGUUCUUGCUGCAAUUGAGAAGAUUGUGCAAGGGGUGUUGGAGAGCCUGUCUAGAAAUGAAGCCCCAAUUCUCACUGUGGAAAACAGAUCAAAGUGGACCAACAUUGAAUUUAACAGUAUGGUUGGACUGCAGAUGGUAAAAAAUUGCCCUACUCGGAAAGUGAGGAGUGGUUGCCCCAAAUCCACACAACGGUUUGCCCUGACAAUGAAAAUCUUAUCUGUAAUCUACAAACUGGUGCAGACUGAUUCAUAUGCCACCAAGAGGGAUAUUUAUUAUGAAAAUGUUCAGCUUUAUGGGAGUCAGAGCGUAGUGGACAACAUCGUCACUGAUAUUUCCUGCAUGCUAAAGAUCCCAAGGGGAAGGUUACACAUUCUCUCUACUUCCAAGGGUUGUCUGGCCGGUGACUUGAUAUUUAUGGAAGAAGAUGGGACUAGAGUGGACUGCAGUGGUAACUCAUCGGGAGUCCUUGUGCCAUCUAAUGUUGAAAGAAUCACAAACAUGAGAACCUGUGCACGGUUUGUACUCAUAAUUGAAAAGGAUGCAACAUUCCAGAGGCUUCUUGAUGAUGACUUUUGCAGGAAGUCUGGUCCUUGCAUCCUAAUCACGCUCCUUUUUUAUUGGCAGGGAAAAGGGGUCCCUGAUCUAAACACCAGACUCUUUACCCGAAAGUUGUGGGACACUUUCCAUAUCCCUAUUUUCACCUUGGUUGAUGCUGACCCUCAUGGGAUUGAGAUAAUGUGCAUCUACAAGUACGGCUCUGUGUCAAUGUCAUUUGAGGCUCAUAAUUUAACAGUACCAUCUAUUGCCUGGCUUGGUCUGCUGCCUUCCGACAUAGAGAGACUGAACAUCCCUUGCCAAGCCUUAAUUCCAUUGUCAGCUCUGGACCAAAGGAAGCUACUGAGUUUACAGAAGAGGCCCUAUGUCUCCUGCCAGCCACUAUGGAAGAAAGAGCUGGAGAUUAUGACAUCAAGGAACAUGAAGGCUGAAAUUCAAGCACUGACUUCACUCUCUCCCAAUUAUCUUACCAGGGUUUACUUGCCCAACAAGCUGCAGUAUGGUGGAUGGAUCUGAGAGGGAACUAGAAUCUGUAGUUGUAAAAGUUUUGCAUUAGUCAUAUACAGUUUAUCACUUGUACCUGGCAGUUUUCAUUCCAAUCACUGUUAUAUAUUGUUACUAAAAUAAAGUUACUGAAAGCA